AUGCAUUCACCAGCUUCAGAAUCCAGACGACGCCGGAUCAAGAGCAAGCGAUCCAGGGCCGGAUGCCGCACUUGCCGAGCCCGCCAUAUCAAAUGUGACGAAACCCCAGGAUGCUGUCGCAACUGCACCUCCACCGGCCGCUCUUGCGAUGGUUAUGACAUGCAUCGACUACCAGCAAUGAGCAAAUCCCUGGUAAAGCUUCUCGGGGCCUCCCAGAUCGCCGUCGACAUCGGGAAUGGUUUUCGCUGGGCCAUGACCUCGGACGAACGUCGCUGCUUCAGCUACUUCCAACACCACUCGGUGCCCACCUUUUGCGAGACAGUUGACUCCUCGCUCUGGCAGCGCCUGGUCCUACAAAUGGCCCAGUCAGAUCCCGCGGUGUAUCACGCCGCCGUCGCCCUCAGUGCCCUACAUCAAGACUCCGAAGCCAAAGCCAUGCCGCUAGCUGCUGACAUCCCCGCCCACCAAGACACCUGGCCGCGCUUUGCCCAAGAGCAGCUCGGACGCGCAUUUCAAAUCCUCACUCGACGCCGUGCCUCACAUGAUCCCCGACUCCGCGACAUCACCUUGCUCUGCUGUUUAUUAUUCGUUCUGUCCGACCUGCUCCGGGGGCAAUACGACGGCGCCUUCGCCCAUCUACAAAGUGGCCUCCGCAUUCUCCAAGAACUCCAAGCAGAAAGAGAGCUCGUCGCGCCCACGCCCCGCCAGGAACAAGUCGAACAGUGUCUCGUCGCAGCCUUUGCCCACCUGGACAUCACCUCCGCACACUUUGGCGUCGGCGCACCCCUACUCUGCAUCGACGUCCUCCCCAGGGAACCCCACCCCCACCCCCACCCCCAUUCCCCCAUCCCCUUCCACACCCUCCGCGAAACCCGCGACGCACUCCAUCUCGUUCUCAGCGCCUCCUACCGCUUCAUGGUUCCCUGCAUGGGGAUGUCCGAGACAGAAAUAGCAGAGAACUACGGCCCCAUCCUCUCCGAACAACUCGACAUCAUCUCCCAAAUCACCCACUUCUGGGACUCCUUCUCCCCCUUUUAUUACACUUCCUACCCCCACAUCUCCCACAUAGACCAGAGAAGCGCCGAAAUAAUCCACCUCCAAUACAUCGGGCUCCUCGUAUCGGUGAAAACCUGCACCUUGGGCCGCAACGAAUCCGCACUGUCCUAUUUCACACCAGAGCUGGAAACAAUCGUUGCCCUAGCUGAGAGCAUCUUAGACCGAUUCCCCAAACGCCCCACCAUCAGCGUAGACUUCGGCAUCAUCGCCCCGCUAUAUCACCCUGCGCUCAGUUGUCGGGAUUAUACCGUUCGAUGGCGCGCUAUCAAGCUCCUCCGCGCGUGGCCUCAUCGCGAAGGACCGUUUGAUUCGAAUUGGAUUGCCUCGUUGGCGGAGGAGGCGCUGCGAUUGGAGUUAUUGUCUCGGCCAGGGGAUGGUUUGGAUAUUGGGUUUUCAUUAAGUGGAUUGGAAGAUGAUGAUGAAUUCUCGCCGAAGCGGAUAUUGACAUGGAUUCACUAUCGACAUUCGGCUUAUCCGAGCCAGAUAGCUGAUUCCUGUUACAUGGUCUUCGGCGAUUAUAAGCGAAUAACCGAACAAAUCCCGGACAGCCAUCGGUAUCACCUUGCAGAGAUGUAA